UGGACUUCUUCCACUCCACAGAGCCACCAUGCAACCAUCAGGGAAAGUACUAGAGGCGGUUCUGGUCUCCAGCCAGCUUGAGAUAGAGGAAAAAUGUUGGAAUGGAGAGACCGCCUUGAAUUUAGCCGUUCAAUCUGGACUGGAGGAGAACGUCAGGAUCCUUCUUGAACAUGGGGCACUACCACAUCAUCUCAACAGCAAAAAGGAGUCUCCUCUUCUGCAGGCGGUACGAGUACGAUCUUAUCAAAUGGUGUGUGCUCUCAUCACACAUGGAGCUGUAGUGGAUCAGGUUUGUUCGAAGGGGUGGACGGCAAUCCAUGAGGCAGCACGAGUGGGCUGCACUGACAUCUUAAUGUUGCUGCUGAGACGAGGUGGCCACGUGUCAGUUAGGGAUAUUAAUGGAGUGACUCCAUUGGGUGUAGCAGCAGAGUGCGCCAAUCUAGAAGUCCUUCAAGUGCUCAUUGAAUUAGGAGCUGACGUGAAUGCACAGUCUUUUAAGGGUGAAAGUGUGUUGAUGGAUGCAGUUGGUUCUGGAAACCCUUACUGUGUGAACCUUCUGCUUGAAAAUGGAGCGUCACCGAACCGGGUCAGUUUUACCAGGCAUCUUCCUAUACACCGUGCGGCCUUCGAGGGCCACUACCUUGUGUUAAAAAUACUGCUAUCAGUGACAAGCAAGAAAGCUAUCAUUGAAUCUGGCCAGAGUCCACUACACUCAGCUGCAGAUGGAGGUCAUGUGAAGUGCCUACAGCUCCUGAUCAACAGAGGUUUCGACGUGAACGCUCUACUCGACCGAACCAUCUCCGACAAUUACAACGACAUGCGUAGGACCGCCCUUUACUUUGCCGUCUCAAAUGGAGAUUUGACUUGCAUCGAGAUGCUAUUGAAUGAAGGAGCCAAACCUGACCUGGAUCCCCUGCACUGCCUCCUAGUGGCGGUGAGAGCUGGGAUGUAUGAGAUCGUCACAAUGCUCCUCGCUAAGCAGGCGGAUGUCAACUGUUACUUCACAGCGAUCAGUGACACAGUAUUUCCCACAUCUCUACAGUACUGCCUGAAGGAUGAGAAGAUGAUGCGAUUACUUCUAAAUAAUGGAUAUAAUGUAGACAAAUGUUUCCAUUGUCACCAUGAUUACCAUUUCAAAAUGAAGUUUCCUUGGAAGGACACACAUAAAGCAUGUUGUGUCAUAUGUGAUGGAGAAGACAAAAUAUCUUUCUGUGACUUCAUAAGUUUGUGCUGCCUGGUUGAUUUGUCUGGACGAGUGGUACUGAUCCUGAUGGACUACGUCGACCACGUCCACAUCUGUUCACAUCUUAGGUGUAUCCUGGAGAAACAGAAGGAGUGGGCGGAGAUAUGGACCAUCUUGAACAACCCACGAUCCCUGAAGCACCUCUGUCGUCUGGAAAUCAGAAAAACAUUGACCGUUAAAAGACUCCGCAAUACCAUUAUAAUGGAUUCCUUUCCACCUCCGAUUAGAAAUUAUCUGCUUUACAAGAAAUAUGAACUGACUGAGUUAUAUAAAUUAACUGAUAAUUUAGUUGAAUAUCAAGUCGAGUAACCAUUUUUCCAUAUCGAGUCAUUUUUGGAUGAGGCUUUAAAACACAAAUAGUUUUUAUAAUGUUAAUUGUAUUCAUGCUACAUAUCUUGUGAUUGAUCUCGCAACUGUCUCUGAUGUUAAAUAAAAUGUAUUUUCACUCAUACGUCAGUGUCAGUGUGUUAUCAUCAAGCCUGUUGCCUGUCAUUUAUUCUUUGUUUUUUUGGACAGCUAAUCUCAGAGGCCUUUGAGGCAGAAGAAAAGUCUAUUUUUGUUCUCCAUCCAUUCUCAUUAUCCACCAUCCCACUCUUUCCAUUUUUAUCCUC